AGAGUAUAUAUCAAAUUAUGAUACAACUAUGGUAAAAGCAGCGUUUCACAUCCUUCAAAAUGUAUUAUAAGAUUAGAUUAAACCACCUUUUCCGGUGGAAUAGCAUUUAUUCAUUUCAAGCGCACCUGAAGUACGAAAAAGAUGCGAUGUUACUCUACUUUAAACCUACUAAAAACGCUAACACUACAAAUUAUAUACGUCUUUACUCUUUCUAUUAUUGUGUAAUAAGUCUCUCUCAUUAUUUGAUUUGUAAGCGAUUGAGACUAGGAAAACAUAAGCAAAGAAAAUAGACUUUGUAGUAGAAAUUUACGAAAAAGAAGUGUUUCUAAAAAAAUAGAAAUGUGCCAUACCAUCAGCAAAUAUGAAGACAAAUACCUUUUUUUCAAAAAUAGUCUUUAUUACUUUUUAGCGGAACGAUGUGCACUGCAGGGGAAUAACCGCAACCCGGGUCUUAUUCAAAGUCAACAUUGUCUUGUCCGAAAUUAAUCUUCUAUAUUUUUCUAAGACCAGACGAAGGCAGAACAAAAAUAAUACACACAAUUCCAUACGUUAGAAAAUGACUACGAAAUUACACGUUAAAUAUCAAAAUUCAUAAACUUGAAGAUUUCCAUCGUGGUUCGAAGUCUUUAUAUGGGUCCAUCCUUUUUUACAUUUUUUUUUCGGUCAAGGAAGCGGAAAUUAGUGACAGCCUAAUAAUAUUGAUUAAUUGGUGCAAGCUAACAGGGAGGGUAUUCGGCGAUGUCGGUAAGUGUGUUGGAGGCCUUUGAAGUUUCAACCCCUUAAUGUAAAUACUCUGCAAGAGACAAGAAUCCCUGCAGAGAUCGGUACCAAAGCACAAUGGCCUCUGUGCAUGACUUCAUCAUUCCCGCAGUUUACAGCUCGCGCUUCUUGACUAGGUUUUACGGUCACACGAAACAGAAAAGCUAUUAAAACUAUUGCGGUAGAAUGCGGAGGGGCGGACGAGCGACGAGUUACGUUAUCUUUACAUCUCUUCUCUUUUCAUUCGCUUCAUUGCAGAUUAAUGACCUGACAUGCUCCCUUUGAGAUAUUAUCUGACAUAGGGGUUGACAGGAGAUGUUUGGAUACUCUUGAAAUGCGAGGAAGUCCCUCGUUCUCGUUAAGUUAGCACCCCUCAACCUUAGCUAGAUCUAUGGCUUGUCGGAUUGCUCUUCAAUAGCUAGUCCACACAUGCUACAAUAAGCCCAACACUCAAAUCCCCCGUAGUCAAACUCAAUGCUAUUGUGUCUCUAGGGGACUAAAUAAUUUCCCAAAACAAGAGAGCCAAAUAAGAUAGCGAUGUCCACAUUGGAAGCGAUUUAGUUCGGGAUCUCGUGCAAAAGUUACACAAAUUAUGAUGUUUGUUUUAAAGGUGUGAAAAACCCUCACAAUGGGUUCUCUUAGAGCGAGCGAAGGGGAUGAGGCGACAAUUGCUUUAAGCUGUUUAUAGUGCCCCGUUGCGCCUUUCAAACUGUUCCACCCAAAGUGUCAAUCACUAUCCAAUCACCUGCAAGGAAGCUGUUCUUGCGAUAGAAUGGGCAACCCUUGAGUUGAGCGCUUUAUCGCACGCCCAAAGCUGUGAGUUCUCGACUUGUAGAGCGCGCUUUCUAGCAUGUGCGGGCAUUGAAGGGCUUUCACAGAUUACUAUCGCUCACCGGUUACAAAAACUAAGCGUUGUAAAAAAUUCAACAAAAAGGACGCUUGCCAAAUAUAGCGUGUUUUCUGGGGCGAUCAAACAAUUAAAAACAUCGCCAUAGCUCAGCGGGCUAUGGCUAAUCUCAAUGUUCAAGCCGAUCACAAACCUGCGCGUGCGCACUGAGACCGCAGGACAAUCGCAAUGGAAGGUAUCACGCUGGGAAUUAACGGCGUAACAUAUGCCUACGCACACACAGCUCCAGCUCAGGAAAACCUUCAUAAUUGGGUUUGCGGAGUGUUAUUUAUACUUAAGUAAAGCUGAUCCAUAUUCAAAUUCUUCGGAGCUAUAUUCAAAUGGACCCGGCACACGACAAACGGACAGCACUUGCGUUUGAGUCCAUGCCGGUCCAGUGUUCCAGUCUGGGAAAUACUAGCGGGACCACAGCCGAGUACACUGACAACAGAAAGCCUCACUCACCAGGAAUGAAUCAUCUACUGGACUCCGCACCGCAUUUAUCGUCCAUUAGACUGGCUUCGCAUCGACUUCCUCCCGACCCUCUGACUUACGAGCAAAAAUCCAGCGCCAUGUCCGGGCAACAGAGCUUCUAUCACUCGUUUCCAGCGUAUAGACACAUGGCUUCGCAAGGAUUCGCACCGCACGACUACAUUCAUCACCAAGAUUCCAUGUCGCACUUAGGAACAAGUGCGGGGCUUACAUCUCACUCCUUGGCUCUGCACGAGACAAUAGCCAACACUGCAAGCCAUACACACCGACAUAACAUGUUCAGUGCGCCUUCAGCGCCGGCUAUUCACGCCAACAAUAUGGGAUACCACCACGGAGUCUCCGCGCACAAGGGAUUGGAGUCCGUCCAUUACGGCGGCUUUGGCUCCCCUCACGACGCCAUUUCCCCGCAUCACGGCAUGCCAAUCGUCCCCAACAGUUCACUAAGGUAUUCGCGAGGCUCAGAGCUUUACACUCGUCCUGACAGAUUUGCGCAAGGACUUGGAAACCCGUUUAUUGAUCAUGCGCCUCCCGGGUACCCGAGCCCUACUGGCCAUGGUAUGUAUUUACCCAUCGUGAAACAACCAACAAACCAGGUACUAACGUGUAUGUGGAUCGACCAAGGACCCAUUCCCGGUAAAAGAAAGCCGUGCGGAAAACAAUAUACACAUAUGCCUGACAUUGUGUCGCACAUCUCCGAUGAGCACGUUUCGGCGAACGAUUCAAGUUUACAUGUGUGUUACUGGCAGGAAUGCUCAAGGAAUGGACAACCUUUCAAGGCGAAAUACAAACUUGUUAAUCACAUCAGAGUUCACACAGGAGAGAAGCCUUUCCCUUGCCCCUUUCCUGGAUGCGGUAAACUUUUCGCGCGCUCUGAGAACUUGAAAAUUCACAAACGAACACAUACCGGGGAAAAGCCCUUUAUGUGCGAAUUCCCGGGAUGUGAUCGCAGGUUCGCGAAUUCUAGCGAUCGCAAAAAGCACUCACACGUCCACACUUCGGACAAGCCUUAUAUUUGUAAGGUGGAUGGAUGUAACAAGAGUUACACACACCCAAGCUCACUGAGAAAACAUAUGAAACUCCACGAAAGCGGAGGUUUGCGACCGUUAUCUCCUUUGACGCAGUCCAACGGGAACCGCGAAAACGCGUCUAGCCGCGAAUCUACGCGGUCCCCACCGUCGCCAAGGACAGCUAAAGACAAAACGCAACAAGAGUGGUACUCGUGCUAAACUUUCGCGAUUAUCACGGAUAAUACAACGUUCAAUCGUAGGUAUCUACAUGUCCCGCUUGUACGCACCGCAUAGUACAUUUCAUAUCCAUAACGGAACAAUGUACGUAGAUGUAAAUAUAAAGAGUAGAAAGUGAAAAUAUGCUCUUUCUAUAUUAAAUAUAGAGAGUUUAUAUUUCAAAAAGAAAAUUAAUGUUUUAAGCAUAAAAUGUAUAUUCCAAAGAAUUAUACAUAAGUACAGACUUGCAUUAUAUGCAAGGUAGAUGGAAACAUCAUUAAAAUGAUUAAAGAGAACUGUCUCUGAACAUUUAUUACUUCUCAAUUCUUUAUUAAGAAAAGAAAACGAAAAAGAAAGAAAAAUGUAUUAGACUUUACAAAUACAGAUAAAAGGAUUAGCUGUUGACACUUUAAGAAAGCAAGAAAAUGUUAAUUUUAAGUUUCAGUAAAGAAUUUCCUGCUUAUACAUGCAACCUGGAGUUUGCUAUGAUGGCACAGGAAGACCCAGCGCGCCGUGACACCAGCCCUAAAUAUCUUAGCUUUCUUCUGCUUUUACUGCUUCCUCGAUAUAGAUCUGUAUUUACUACAAGGGAGAUUGAUUUCGAGGAUAGGAAACUUUUACAGUCAAGUAAUACUCUCGGCACCUGUGCUAGUAAUUUGUUUACGGGCGGCAAUACCAGUUCCAAAGAACAAUUUUUCUGAAACACGAUGUAUUCAGGCGCAUCCCUAACUUUACGACCAAGAGAAUCACUUUUACUUUGCAUCCUUGUUUCAUUAAGACGAUAGCGAUCGAACUUUAAUAAUUUGGACUUCGAAUAAUUCGAUCAAGUAACAGUAUUUGUUGUACUCUGCAACCCUUAACGUUCAAAUUUUUUUUUGCGAACCUUAUAUGAAUUCCUCUCUAGUCACAAAGGUAUUCAGUUUUUUAGUAUUCAAUGAUUUUAUUUUCAUUUGAAUAAUUGGUAUCUCCAGCUAACAGGUUAAGUUGUUUACUGUUACUAUCUCUUCACGUGUGGAGAUAUCUUUCGAGGUGGACUCGAAAAAUCGCUAAUAAAAAGACAAGCUUCCAUCCAUCUUUUCAUCGAAAAGCAUAAAAAAAUACCAUUUUUAUUUCAAAAUCAAAUUCCGUGAUUACGCCCUCGCAUGAAUUCUGUGUAAGGCCGAGUGUCUGUAGUGGUUAGAUGUCCUAUUUGCUCGGGUUUCUUUUAAAGUGAACUGCUGGGUGCUCUGGCCCCCUCGACGAUUAAUUGUUUGGGAAGGCAAGCCUACCGAACAACACGGUAUAAAAACAAAUAUAUUUUACCAACAAAUUACAACCAUUUUUACGGAAAACGUAUCUUUAAAAGGUACCUUUACAAAAAAAACGUAUUUUCAAACUUAAAUAGUGCAGUUCUGGUCGAGGCAUUUAGCAAUAAUGCGCUGGCGUCGCGGGUACAAGCUAUAGGCAAGACAAGCUCCCGCAGUUUGCUGGUAUUAUAAGGUCACGGAAAAGAAUCUAAGGAAAAAAUAACCGUAAAAGCCUAUAACCCGCUACGAUUGUCACGUCAAAAAGACCUAGAGUUGCUUAGAUCGCAAAAAGGCCAAAAGUGAUUGUCACCUAUUCAUUAACAGCCUCUCAUAUCAAGUGGUUGCCUUUCAACGGGUUUUCGAUAUGAGUACUAAAUACGUAUGUUAUUACAUAGCUCUUUCUCGUGCCGCAAGUCGUUUCAGCUAAGCCGCUAGCAGCUUGCCAUGUUAAGAACUCGUGGCUAAAGCUUACAAUGACAAUUUCUUUUCGCUUCAACACUUUCGCUAUUUGUUUAUUCUGCCGAAAGGCGCGAAUUUGCGUGUAUUUAUCAGAGGAGCUAUAAACUAAACUGACUGUGUUAUUGUUUUCCCUCGCUAUAAUAUUCUUAAAGGUACCGCUUUGCACGCUAUAAUAUCAAUAUAAACUAUCAUAGUAUGCUAAAAAAAAUAUUGAAAUAGAAUUGUCUUAUAUAAAUUUCACAAAUUAAAUGGGUUGUUUAAGUUUUGUCUUUGAUAGGUCUAAGUAUUGCAUAUUGAAUGUGGUGUCCAAAAACCAAGGAACCAUUUCUUAAGUUUUAAAAAAUCGCUAUUCUCAAACAUUUUUUUUCUAUCAUCUCGUUCGGGAAAGAUCCUGCUUAAGCUUGAAAAGAAGUGUAGAUUCCCUGAUUAUUGAUCAUCUACACAAUUGACCGAGAAAGUUUUAGAAACUUCCGGGGUACUUUUCAUUACAUAAUAUUAGUGGAUUUCUAAAAGACAAGGCAUAUAUUUCUAUGUGGUUCGCAAUGUUUUAACAGAGGCCUGCCGCUUUAAAUUAGCCAUGAAAAAUUAAUUGAGUGGUGUCAUGCUGAGGCUUACAAACGUUAAUCAAAAAGAGAGGACUUUGAGGUUGAAGAAACUACGAGAUAUCCGUAAGUAAAUGCGGCCACGAGAAUGGCUCAACUCAGGGUUUUCCAAGACCUCGCAAAUUUUCCUGGAAUUGUUAGAAAUGGCGUAACGUAUAGUUUAUCGUCUGCGUCAAGUUGGUUGUAGUAAGGUAUACUUUGACCGUUCUGUUUUACUUAGGCAAAUUAUUUUGAUUUUAUAUUAACACUCUUUGGUAAAUAAACAUUGAAGUUGAGUAAGAAAUGUGAAUAAAUGAUGGGAUUCUACUUCUCUUGUCUCUAAAGCAUAGGUAAUAUAGCGCGCUGUUGUGUUGACGUUUGCGGUUGUAGAGAGUGUAAUUGAUGAGAUGAAACACUUGAAGCAAACAGAUUUUAGAUUACGAAACUGCGACGCUUAACAAGGCACAACUUCACAGUCCAUCAGUUUAUCACAUGCCCUGAGGCAUUCGCUCCGAGUGACCCUACGCCAGCCAGAGCAGCAGAAGUCAAAUUCAUUCUGGUUUUACAAGUAAUGAGAAGUUAGAGAAGCACAGCGCGCGUUAAAUAAUCAACACCGGUUGUUCACUACGCAUAUAAACAAAGCAACGAAUGAAGCGCUUAAAGUCCUGUCGGGAAAGCAGCCAUACCACUGGCAAAACCCCAGGAAGUCCGAGCUUUAUUUCAACCGCGAACAUUUAAUUUUUAGCAGAAGAUGAACGCAGUAUCAUGAAAUCCUAUCACAUUUGAGGCCCCGGUCUAACAAAAAUACAUAUCAAAGAUAUCAAACCUCUAUAAAUGUAGAACUUAAGAGAAAGCUCGAAGACAAAAGAGUUAGACGGUUGGUGGUAAGAAACGAGACAAUAAACCCUUAUGAACAGAUGAAACUUAGUGUCAAGGCGAAGAAUCUCUGCUCAGAAAACAGUGGGGAGGAAAAAGCGCGCAAAAACAUCGUAUUUUACUCAUAGCCGAGGGAACAGUCAGAGAACCCUUCAGAAACUCUAGAAAUAUUUCACUUUAAAAUAAAGUUCCAUUCUUGAGAUUGUUUCAAUAUACACAAGAAUUCAAAGUUCGAGCAUUGCCUAAGAAUAAUAGACACAAAGCUCGAAAACCAUUUUGAGUUCCAUUAGACCGGACUGUGUAAGUUUAAAAAAGCUGCAGCAAAAACAAAAAAAAACAAAACAAAAAACAAAAAAAAAACAACAACAACAACACGAGUUUCUUAAACAAAAUCAUAAAUCAAGUUAUAUAUUUUUGUUUGAAAAAAGGAAAAUUGUUAUUGUAUUGCCUUCCCUCUCACUCCCGCUUGGAGCGUGUGGCAAGCAAACGUUUGGAAGCAAAGCGAACGCUCGUUCCGCCCAGCAGUUUUCAACACUAUUCCAUUGUAUUUCUUUUUUCGUAAGAAAAAAAAUUUGGUCUCUUACUUUGUUGCUUUUUACUUAAUAAAGUGCUAAAGAAUAUUACUUUUAUUAACUAAAAUGUGGCGUUUGAGGGGCCGUUUAUACGCCCAUUGGUCGCCUCUCGAAUUGUCUCUCUCGACGGGAGAAACUCAUAACGUUCCUUCCAAGUACAGGUGGAAGCUAUGUUGUCCUUUAAUGGCGCAAUGAUAGCUAGCCCGAAGGGGACCUUGUCUACUUAUCAAUGAAGAGAAUUAAAAGAAUGAAGAUUUUAAGGUUCAACGUUAAAAGCUGGAAGUUCCACCAAGUUCCAACAGGCCUUCAAAACUCAAGCAACACUAAGUUUGCUGUUGAAAUUAUUGGUUGACUUUUAUUGUUAGUGAUAAUUAGAGACUUAGCCAGGUGUGGUAUUAUUGCGCAUCUUUAAAUAACAAAUUAAUUAUUGUUAAGGCACCUUUAUUGAGACGCUUGGUUAAUCACAAUUAUGCACAAACUAAACAAUUCGCCAAUAAAAACACCGAGAUAGUUGAAAACUUAAA